AUGAAUAAGGAAUACGAAAGAGCAUGCAUCAAUGUCGAUAAGAUCAGAAUCCCCUCAGUUGUGAAGCACUACAACAUCGUGAAGACAAUUGGAAAAGGAGGUUUCUCUGUUGUUGUCCUCGGAGUUCAUCAAAAAACAGGUCAGAAAGUUGCGAUCAAAAUCAUUGAUAGAGAAGAAGUCUCCAAACAGCAGAUCUUCUGUUACUUAGAAAACGAAUUAAGGCUUAUUUCUCGGUUCGAUCAUCCAAACAUCGUUAAAGUCUACGAUAUUAUCUACGAAGAAGACAUAAUAAUGGUUGUUAUGGAAUACCUUGAAUGUGGCGAUCUCCAAAAGCUCGUAUCUCAAGGCAUUUUCUUCAACUGUCACGAGCAGAUUACAAUUGCUCUCCAAAUCUUGAGCGCACUUUCUUAUCUCCACAAAAGAGGUAUAGCUCAUAGAGAUAUCAAGCCAGAAAACAUCUUAUUUGAUAAAUAUUACAAUCCAAAACUGAUUGAUUUUGGCUUAUCUCGAGAAAACUGCAACGCUUUAAAGACAUUAUGCGGAACCACAGAUUAUUUGGCCCCAGAAGUACUUAGAAUGAAAGAGUAUGAUGGCAAGAAAGCAGAUCUUUGGUCGUUAGGUAUCGUUUUACACAUUUUAUCCUCUAAUGCAUUCCCAUUUGAUAUCACAAGUGAAAUUUCUCAUAUCAACAAGUUACAAAACAAUACUUUGAUCCUCAAUAUUUUGACACCGGGAAAAUUAGGAAUGGUUAUUAAGAGUUGUCUUGAAUUUAAUCAGAACUUGCGCCUGGAUUGUGACGAAUUGAUCAAAAUGCUCGAAGAAAGCCGUCCAAUCUUCUCUCAUGAAACAAUGAGAGAAACAAAAAUUGUGGGAUCAAAGUCAGGUCUCCCACAGUUACUUACAAGAAACAAUACUCCUAUAUUAGUCCCAAGAGCCAAGCAGCAUGAGAUUAUGCAGCUCGGAAUGGGAAGAAAGAGAAGACAUUUCUCCUCUUCAUUAUAA